AUGCGUCCUUCCGAUAUCAUGGCACUUGGGGCUGUAGCCCUCUCCGGCCUCGCCACGGCCAGCUCUCUCCUGCCUGUGACCAAGCGCGACCUCGAAAACCGAGGCAUCGAUGCGAACUUGCCGCGCGCCACCGAGGAGGGCGCAGCGUCGAACGCUGCCGACUUUAAAGUGACCUCCUAUAUGCCUCGCCGAAGCGAGGGCAUCUGCAAGUUUGGCAUCGACCUUGUGAAGCCCGAACAGUCCGCCGGGACUGGCCCCGUCAUCAUCUGCUCCGCUGCCGGUCAGAAGAUGCUGGACGGAGUGAAGUACUCCGAGGCGGCGCUGUUGGCCGCACGCCUGGCCGUCGAGUACGACCGCAGCUGCCAAAUCUCUGAAUCCACCACGUACCAUUCGGCGAGUGACCCUAAGAUAACCUUCAAGGUGUUUGACCGCAACGACAACGAUGAGGUCAGGAGCGCGACGCUCGGGCAGAAAGGCGAGGUCUUCUUUCUCGACUGCGGCGCCGUCUUCUUGAACUGGCCAGCGACGGGACCUUCGGGCACUGGAACAUCCGCCCAGGUCAGAAUACUCCGCGAUUCGCGUGGCUACCUCCCCCUCAUGACCGAGUUCAUGCCCAAGGAGGUGUUUGGCAACGACAAGCCCAGCACCGGCUACAACGGCCAGAACCCGCCAGCAUGGCUGAAGGAAGCGCUUGCAGAGGUUCCGAACUAA